AUGCGGCAACUCACGGAGCAAGAAACAAAAACGCUUUUCGAGAAGCUAGCGAACUAUACGGGAAGCUCGCUAAAAAACCUAAUUGCGCCGCUCGACGACUCGCCCGACGCUGAUCGCUACGUCUUUCGUCUGAAUCGCGACAGAGUAUAUUACGUUCUGCUCUCCGUCGCCAACCUAGCUACGUCGAUAUCGAGGGAUAACCUUGGGUCGCUGGGUAUCUGUUUAGGCAAAUUCAGCAAGACUGGAAAGUUCAGACUACACAUAACCGCGCUGCCCAUCCUAGCCGAGCACGCCCGGUAUAAGCUAUGGAUCAAGCCUAACGGCGAGAUGCCCUUCCUCUACGGCGGUAACGUCGUCAAAGCCCACGUCGGCCGCUGGUCCGACGACUGUCCAAGCCACCAGGGUAUCGUCGUGUAUAACAUGUCCGACACUCCUCUCGGCUUCGGCGUCACUGCCCGUAGCACGGCAGAGGCUAGACGUCUUGACCCCACCGGUAUCGUGUGUUUCCGCCAGGCUGACUGCGGCGAGUAUCUCCGAGACGAGGAUACGCUUUUCGCUAGCUGA